UUACAGACAACUCUCUGCUUCCUGGAAAGACACAAGGGAGCUAUAAAAAUGGCUAAAUUCUUCACACCAGCUCAAAUCAAUGAAUUCAAGGAGUGCUUCUCCUUGCAUGACAAGAAACAAAAGGGAAAGAUUGACGCUAAGGACCUGAUCACAGUCAUGCGCUGCCUGGGUACAAGCCCCACGUUUGGUGAAAUUGACAGACAUCUUCAAGUUCACAAAAUCGACAAGAAAGGUGAGCUGGACUUCUCCAUGUUCCUGACCAUGAUGCACAGACAGAUGCAACAGGAAGACCCCAAGUCAGAAAUCCUGGCGGCCCUGAGGAUGACGGACAAGCAGAAGAAAGGAUACAUCCAGGCAUCUGAGCUCCGAGCCAAGCUCACAUUGUUAGGAGAGAAACUUACCCACAAAGAAGUGGAUGAGCUGUUUAAAGAGGCACACGUCAAGUCAAACGGGACAGUCAACUAUGAAGAGUUCACCCAGAUGGUGACGCUGCCACCUGUCGAUUACUAAUUUUACAGGAAGAAUACUUAAAGCAACAGCCAUGAUGGGAAAUCACAUCUACACACACUUAACACAGUUAUCUAAGCUUGCAGAUAUGACAUACUGCA